CGUUUUCCCAGAAUGCACUCGGUGGACUUACUGUCGCCAUGUUUCUGUACUUUGAGUAAACAGGUUUUCAAGAUCUUGGGAAUUACAACAUUGAGAUUAAUUUAGAUGCAUCCUGUAAUUGUAUUAACUGUGCAUCACUGAAGACGUUUUGUUAUGGCGGCACAUGGUGAAGAUGAUGACUUCGACGAAUUUGAAAAACCAGGUGCAGAGAGAUCUAGACGGAGAAGAGGUGAAGAUGAUGAUCUUGACAGUGAUCUCGAGGAGGACUUGCUGGAGGAAGACUGGACAACCAAGAAGAAUGCAUCAGAGCUCUCAGACGAGGAGCUGGACGAUAACCUCCUGCAGAGCGAUGACGAGGAUGCCAAUGUCAGUGGGAACGGUGCCUCGGUUAGCCUGAACGCCACUGCAGGCCUCGGUUCCACGUUCGGCGGGGACGAGACGGGUGACCUGGAAGGGAACGAGGAGAGUGGCUAUGGGGAGCAGCAGUACGGUGGAGACUAUGGAGGGAACGAGUAUUCUGGUGACCAGGCCACCGCUGCAGAUGGGGCAUACCUGGACGAGGUGCUGGACCUGCAGAUAGACGAACCCCUGGAUGACGAGUUUCAGGUGGAAGAGUUCCCGUCAGGCUACACCAGUCAGAGCACGGCCAAUGAGCAGGGGCAGAACCAGGAAGAAGAGCCCAUGCAGGAACAGGAAGCAGAAUCUGAACAGACCCAGGAAGAGGCGGAGCCAGAACAGGAACAAGACCGAGAUGACUCCCAGGCCGUUGAUGCCGAAGAGCCUGAGAACGAGGCCGAGCCUGAGGAAGAGGAGGAUUUGAAGGAGGAGUCUGAUGAAGAUGAGGAUGACGAUGAAGAGUCGGGCCGUCUCCGCUUCAAGAGCGAACGCAAGGACACCACAGUCAUACGGCUCUCCGACGCAGCGCGGAAGAGAAGGAACAUUCCAGAAACGUUAGAGUUGUCCGAAGAGGCCAAGGCCAACCUGCGUGAGAUGGAGGAGCGGGAGCGCCAGAGGCGGUCGGGAUUCCGGGGUCGUGGCAACCGAGGAGGAGGAGGAGGACCGGGCCUCAUGAGAGGAGGACCCAUGGGCAUGGGGAUGGGCAUGGGGAUGGGGGGGCGAGGAGGACACAUGAUGGGGGGCAGAGGAGGCUUCCCCAACUUCAGGAUGGGCGGCGACUUCAGAGAUGGCGGUCGAGGGGGACACAUGAUGAACGACCAGAGGCCUCCACUCAUACACCUUGGCAUGCAGCAUCGCAUGUCCCUUCCCCAGCUCCUGAUGCAGCAGCAGCAGCAGCAGCGUCCGCCAGGUCCCAGAGGAGGCCCAGGAGGAGGAGGAGGAGGAGGCGGUGGAGGAGGUGGUGGAGGCUUCCUGGGUAUCGGGGAGCCGCUGGUUCAGCAGCCCCUGCAGCCCCUCCUGGCUCCCCACCUCUCCCAGCGCUCCUCUCCCCUGCGGCCCCCGCACAUGGACUCGCCCCAGCGGAUGCUGAGCCCGCCGGGGCCCCCCCACCUCCAGAACCUCCAGCAGCAUCCGAACCAGAAUCAGAACCAGCAUCAUCACCCACAGCAACCGCAUCCUCCCCAGCAACAGCAACAGCAGCAUCCUCCUCCACAGCAACAGAGCCAUCCGCAUCACCACAACCAGCCCCAGCAACCCCCACACCAUCAGCAGCAGCAGCAGCCCCCACCACCACAGCCCCCGCAGCCCAAGAACAUCCACAUCAACCCCCACUUCAGAGGGCCCUCCUCCUCACCAGCGCAAGUGCCCUUGGAGCCUCCGAACCAGCCCAGACCUCCAGGCCCCCAGAGAUUUCCAGGCCCGGCUGAUUUCCAGCAGCACCACUCGGGGAAUUUCGGGCAGCCCCCCCAGCGACCGCCCCAUCACCAGGACCAGUGGAGGGGACCACCACCCCCCCACCAGGACAGGGAGCCCUUCUUCAUCGGAGAGCCACGCUUCCCUGGCCCCGGCCCCCAGCACUUGUUUGACCAGCAGGGCCCCACACCGCUCAUGAACAGCAACAACAACGGCCCCCACCCCAUGCCAGGACAGGGGGGCCCCGGCCCACUCAACUUCCCCCAGGGACCCGGUCAGGGACCUGGGGGCGGCGGUGGUGGUGGAGGCCCUGGAUUUGGACCCAUGGGUGGGGGGCCUGGUCAAGGCCAGGGGCCCCUGGGUGGAUUGUUUAAUAGGGACCCACCACCCCGCGGAGGGAUGCCCCCCCAGCACGGGGGACCUCCAGGUGGGCCCCCGGGACCCAGGCCCUUCAUGGGGAACAGGCAGCCCUUCCCUCCCCAGCAAGGAGGAGGAGGAGGACCACCCUUCAACCCCUUCGUGCUGCAGGGUCUGAUGUCUCAGCCUCAGCUCCUGGACCCCUCCCUGUCCCACCAACCCCUCCACAACCAGCAGCAGCAGCAUCACCACAGACAGGACCAGGGCCCGCCCCACCACCAGAACCAGGGCCCCAUGGGGGACCCCAUGCCCCUCAUGCACCUGGGUCAGCAAGGAGGCUUCCGCCAGAACCAGCAGUCCCACCACCCCAACCAGAACCAGAGUCAGCAGCAUAACAUGCACGGGGGCCCUCGCCAGAUGCAGCACAAUCGCCCACAGAACCAACAGCAGAACAACCGAACGCGCAUGAACUCGCCGCAGUCUCUUGGCCAGCGGAACAGCAACCUGCGAGAACUGCCCAUCGCCCCCGGCAACUUCGGAAGCGGCAACAACAACAACAGCAGCAGUGGCAACAACAACAAUAACAGCGGUGGCCCCCAACACAUGCAGAGCCCCAGCAGAGGAGGACACCACCAGCAGCAGCAGCAGCAGAGGCCCAUGGGGGGCGGGGGCAGGGGCAUGCAGCAGGGACCAGGUAGCGGACCCCAGGGCCCCAACAGCCGAGGAGGAGGGGGACCAGGGGGCCGCGGGCAGGGGCCGGGCCGAGGAGGAGGCCAGGGGGUGGGAAGAGGAGGGGGAGGAGGACAGGGACAGCAGGGCAUGGGGAUGGGAAGAGGAGGACAGCUUGCCCCGGAGAGGACGGUGGUGGCAAAGCAGCAGGCAGAGACGCCCCCAGCACAGCCCCCGAAGGUGGACCCAGACGAGGAUGAGGAGACACGUCAGUACUGUCUGAAGCUGGAGGAGCAGAAGCGUCUGCGUGAGAAGAUCCUGAAGCAGAAGGAGGAGAGGCGGCAGAUGCAGGCCGGUAUGCGCAAGAGGGAACUGCUGCAACGCAUCAACGCAGAGAAACAACAGCAGAGCCAACAACAACAGAACCAACAGCAGACGCCCAGCCAACCCCCUCAGCAGCAUCCGCCCCAUCACCCACCCCAUCAGCAUCCGCAGCCGCAUCAGCACCAGCAGAAAGGUCCCGCGCCCCCCCAGUCUCCCACCAUGCAGACACCCCAGCCCAUCCCCGCCCUGACCUCCUCCAACGGCGGCCCGCAGAUCAACCCGGGCCUGGGCCUCGCCGGCGCCCGGCCCAACGUCAAGACCCGGCUGCAGAUGGCCAAGGCCCAGCACCACCCCCAGCCGCCUCCCCAGCUCCAGCACCCUCCCCCGCCCGGGCCGGCCCUCCUCAUACCCGGGCCCAACUCCAGCAGCCAGCAGCACCAGCAGGCCCAGUGGCAGCAGCAGCAGCAGCAAAGGAGAGGCAUGAACCCCCAGGCCCAGGGGCACAACCAGAACCAGGGACCCAUGGGCAACCCCAGCCCCAUGCAGGGUGCUCUGGCGGAGGGCCCGAGGCCGGGGGGCAAGAGGACGGUCAUGCAGCGGCAGCAGAGCAAUCCGGGCUCUCCUCAGCUGCCGACGAAGGUCCGGGUGGUCAAGCUCUGUGGAGGGGAGGCCGAGACCCCUGAUGGCCAGGUUCCAGCAGAGCAGCCCCAACCAAUCGGGCGGCUGCCCCCUCAGCCCCGCCAGCUGCCCAUCAGGAAGGUCACCAUGGCAACGGGAGCCGGGCAACAGCAGCAGCAUCCCCCGACGGGCAGGGGACACCCCAACAGAGUGGUGAUGCCUGGGCGCGGGGGCCGUGGUCGCGGUGUUCGUGGCGGGGGUCGUGGGAUGGCCACCAGGCAGGGGGGCGCCGUGACCCGAGGAGCAGCCCAGGAGGGGGCCAGUGCAGGAGGCCCGGGGGGCAGCACCGUCUCCAUAGACGGUCUCUCCACCUCCACCACAGAGAAGCAGCUCAGACACCUGCUGAUGUCCAUCGGACCCAUACAGAUGUUCCAGAUGAUGCCCCAGCAGAGGAAGGCCGUGGCCAAGUUCGCCAACCCACAACAUGCCCAGAGCUUCCAGAGCAGCUUCCACCGGCACAUGAUCGACCUGUCGCACAUCGACGUGUCCAUCAUUGACGGCUGACCUGGGAACAGCGGCUCACCCCCCCGAGUCCGGAGAAGACGAGACCAGAGGAGGAGACCUGAAAGCGGUUAUAGGAUGCGGAUGGAUGGAUGCCUGAUCAAGAGAACCAGAGAAGAACCUGAGCAUCACGGCGGCUUUGUUCUCAGCUGCAACAUGCAUCUCUCUUCAGGCUCUCUCUCCUCUGCAGGAAAGGGAUUUGGAAUGGCCUCCAACGAAACGAGCCUUUUUGUUAUUGUAAUGUAAGAGCUGCAUUGCUACGUCAAAGGUCUGUUCAAUCAACUUCAGCCAACACAGCCACCGCUCACAACAAACAUCCGACGAGGAACUGCAACGAAACGACGGGACGAGAGCCCUAAAAGAACACAUUUGGAUUCCAUUUCACCUCCUCCUCAUGUGAGCCCUCCUGUCUCAGUAGAAUGGACUCACUCACUCUCGGUUCUGGACUGACUGCUCCUUGUUCUAGACCCUUUGCAGCCACGUGUUUCCUUUACCAUUAGUGAGAUUUAACGAGACUUCAAGAAUUGCUUUUUUCCCCCACACCAUCGCCAACACCCAACAUCCCACACUUUCCAACAUGCACACAAACAGCCCCACUACCACAUCACAACACACCACACAACCACGCAAAACCACACAAUAAACACCACUUGGUAAUGGUUGUUCCCUGCUCCUACUAUUAAUACUAGAUGACCUUCAUUACAAUAAAUAACAAAGAAUAUUGCCAUCCCUCAACUGUUCCUUCCUACCUUAGAUGAGAUAAGUUUAAAACAAUAGGAAUACUGUUCCGAUGUCUUAUAUCUCCCUCCCACCAGCUAGAUAACUUUCGUUCAAAACAGCAAUACAUACAAUAUUGCCUUGCCUCAAAUGUCCCGCAUACUACAGAUACCCUUACAUAAAAUCAACACAAACAAUAUUUAUGUCUCCUAAUAGAAUUUUGUUCACCACUAGAUGUAUAGGUGCCUUCAGCACUUUGCACACAGCCCUAGAGAUGUCUGUCUCUCUAAGUGCAGUGCUAUUUUUUCACCUGUAGAGGGCGGUGUUUGUCCACUAAUCUCCUGUCCAUUGUCCACCUCAUGGGAUGCCAAUGGGGGAAAAAACUACAGGUUGCAUGUCUUUCUCCUCUUUUUCUGGGUAAACAGCGCCUCCUAGUGGAAGAUGUGAGCAUAGAAAUGUUUACUUCUGUGUCUUCUAUAUUCAACAGCCUUAUAUCCUAUAAAUAAGAACUUUUGAAAAAGGAUAUCUUUGUCUUUCAACAUAUGAAAACUAAUACAUAAUCUACAGAUUAUAGUCUGCAAAUUAAGUAUAAUUGGCUUUGUGUGCAUUGUGCCCACUGUUGAUUUCAAAAGUGAUAUUUGAGAAAUAGAACUGUUGGCCCAUUAUAUCCAUUAAAUUGUCAAUUUUGAUCACCCUCCACCUUUUCGGUCAGCAGCUCUCCUUGUGUUAAUUCUUUAGUGGAGUAAAGGUGAAAGCAAAGGGGGAAAAUUAAACAUUUGGCAUUUUAGGGGGGGGUUACAUGUUUUAUGAUGAAUUGUUUUUUAUAUCUAGGCAAAAGGCAGGGCAUCCUACUACAGAGCAGCUAAAGAGAGCAGGACACUAACUAGAGAUGUGUGUUUGCCAAAGAGAUCGGUGCUCCCUUUAUAACAAGCUGGUUUACAAAUUGGUAGGGUUUUAUUUUAUUAUUUUGUUUGUUUAUUUAUUUAUUUUAACGAAAAUCCCCUUUAAUUUGAUAGAUUUUGAAGUCUAAGGUAAUUUAAGUUCAUUCGGGGGCAGGAGAAUAGAGAUUAUUGAUUUGGCUUCCAGUUUUUCAGAGUGUAGGCAGUUGGUCUGCAGUUUGGCUGCUAUGGAGAUGAUGAUGUCAUAAUAGCUCUGUGGAUUAUUAUGGGUGGCAUGGAGAAGUUGCGCUGGGAGUAUGCACGUUCAGCACAUAAUGUCAGAUAGUAGUGUUUUGGUAUGAGGUUGUAAGGUGCGGAGAAGAUAGUGUUAUUUUUGGCAUGUUUGGAAGUCCUGGAUCCUUGAUGCUCUUGGUGACGGCUUUGUGCUUGGUUAUUGUACAGUUUCCAUUGGGACUUUCUCCCUUGCGGUUUUCUUUGUUUCUGAACGUUCACACUUCUAUUGUAAAUAUACACAACUCUCUUUGUGUACAGUAUAUUUCUAUGGAGAAAUUCCAUAUCCCUGUGGUAGCUGUUUUUUUCUCUAUUCGACCUCUUGAAUGCUUUUGGAAGUUUGGUUUGCGUGUAGUUGUGUCCGAGUACCCCACGUUUAUUUGAAUCAGUUAAAAACAAAUCAGUCAAAUCAAUCGUUGAAUUAAUACGCACACCUUUCACAUUCAUGUCCUCACUGAUCGAAGGAGAGAGCCACCUUGAUAUCCUGCGUUGUCUGACUUACGUUCACACAUACCACAGCAAUUAAGAAGAAAUCCAAAGAGUGUAUACAUGUAUAUGAUAUGGGUAUAAUGUAAGAACAACACGCCAUUCCCUUGAAAGGAAGAAGACCCUCUCCUUGCCCCCAACCCCCACCCCACCCCCCACCCUAAGGAGCAUGCUUUUCUUGAAACAAUGGGGACAACCAUUAUCUGUGUGGCAACGAUCAUGUACAUCCUGCUGACAAAAAAAACCCCAAGACCAUCACAUAUAAGGUGAUACUUUUUGUUUUUGAUCAUUUUUUCCUCAUAUUAUGUUUACAGCAGUGGUUCCAAAUGUUUUUUCUCCCUCUUUACUGAGUAAGGUAGGACUACCAAGACUUUUUUUCAGUUUGUGAUGCGAGGGCAUCGAACUACCUAAUAGUUCUAGUAAAGCAAAGAGGGUUUAUGUCAGUAACAUGAACGUUUUAGAAGAUGUAUUCCGUUUGUGUCAAGAGCAUUGAGGCCUUGGUUUCUUCAUGAGUUCCGACUUUCUCUUAAAUACUUUUAACAUAAAAAAAAUAAAAUAUGCUCAUGUAUAUGCCAUAUGAAUAUGGGUACGUGAAGCCAUUGAACCACUAUA